GGGUUUGGUCUUUCUAUCCACGUGCAGGUUUCGCGGCAAAAAAGAUUUCGCGCGAAAACCGACCAACAGCUUGUUUGGAUGUCGAUCAGCUGGGACAAUAACAACAAAAACGGCCGAAAGCUGGGUUGCGAGGAUACUUUUACAGAUCGGCCGCGCCCAGUAGUGAGCGACCCGAGGACCUCAGCCUGCCGGUUUGAUGAAUGAACGUAGAUUUUGGCUCUUUCAUUUCGCGUUAUUUUUGCAUGUUUUGUCGGACUGCUUCCUGCGUGCCCCAACAAAACGAGGGGAAUAAAGAUAUGCGGCUAAAGCUAACAUGCUAACUCACCCUAUACAUCUAUACGCAACUUAAAUCGUGUUCUUUCAUCGAGACACACUCCUGGUUUCACAAAUAUACAGACCGAGAUUAUUUCGGUGCGUGGCGAUGCGUUUUGGUCUGUAGAUAAUUUAUGCUGAUAAGCUAACUUCUGUAGGCUGCACUAAAGUUUUUUUUAGCUUAAUAACUGAGCUCUGAUUUCAAGAUAAAAUAAAAUAAUGUCGCUGCAAGGUGGUUAAUAGCUAGCUCAACUGCUGCCCGGUUCAUUUAGUGAACUUGUGUGAGUCUUUGUUGUGGAGCUAUAAGUUAGCUUGUUAGCAGGGCAUCACAGUGGCCACAGGCCGCGGCAGAACUCUGCUGACAGGAGGCUUGAAAACAAAAGAUCCGCUCGCUCCUGAGCCGGUUCAUUCAUAACCAGCGUUCAUUACCUCCACCAUAACAUUUUUAAAAUCUUUUUAAUAACAUUUUUACCUUUGAGUCUGUAGGCGUGGUGCGGAUUAUGCGUUUAAGCAGCGAUUCUCAGUUGCCAAUUUUCCUGUUUGGCAGAACAUCCUGUUUUUCAGUUUCACCUCUGAUCUACGUUUGAUUGAUCAAAUCWGUAUUUCUAAUUUAGAUUUAAGUGACUAGAUCAACAACUUUAAGAAAAAAGGAGCUUUGCAUUUGAAGAAAUGCUCUGACUCCUUUUAACAACACACACCCCUGAAAAGAUUGCCCAUUUUGCACCACAACAUUCACAGGGCACUGCAAAUGCCAGUAGGUGUUGGUCCUCUUUCACAGCACGGCAUCGCAGUGUCCAGUGAGGGCCACCAUGUCAGAAACUCUGAUAACAGGGCAGACGUCAGAGGAUCUGCUGGCAGAUUUUGAGACGCUGCUGAACUCUGGGAGCAUAGACCUGGGCGAGGAGCAUCAGAUAGUGAUCAUCACCAGCCCCAGCAACGAGGGGCUCCACCCGGCCAUCGCCCCGACCAGCACAGGGGAGAUCCUGCUCUUCGCCACGCCGCAGGGCCCCACCGACGUAGGGGUCCAGGACAAGAGGCGGCCUGUUCUGGGGAGGCCCCCGGUAAAGAGGAAGUUGGACCUGGACAGCGACCAUCAGUACGUCAGUACCACGCGACCAGCCACAGGCCAAGUCCCGCCCUCCACACCUGCUCCUCCUAGAGUUCCUCGAAGCUCGACGGAGAAGUCCCGAUACGACACGUCCCUAAACCUGACCACCAAGCGCUUCCUGAACCUGCUGUCGCAGUCAGCCGACGGCGUGGUGGACCUGAACUGGGCCUCCCAGGUCCUGGAUGUCCAGAAGAGACGCAUCUAUGACAUCACUAACGUCCUGGAGGGAAUCCAGCUCAUCUCCAAGAAGUCCAAGAACAACAUCCAGUGGCUCGGCAACCGCAUCGAUACCAGCCUGGUGUCCCGGCACAAGGAGCUGCAGAGGGAGGUGUGUGACCUGACUGAGGCUGAGGAGCAGCUGGACGAACUCAUCUCUAAAUGCACCCUGCAGCUGCGGCUGCUGACCGAGGAACCACAGAACAAGAAGCUGGGCUACGUGCGCUGUCAGGACCUGCGGCAGUCRUUCGACUCCCCAGACCAGCUGGUCAUGGUGGUCAGAGCUCCUCCAGAGACUCAGAUGCAAGUCACAGAGCCCAGCGAGGGCUACCAGGUGUCGCUCAGGAGCACGCAGGGUCCCAUAGACGUCUUCCUCUGUCCAGAGGACAGCUCAGGCGUGUGCAGCCCCGUGACGGGUGGCAGCCCGUCUCAAAUCAGCGCCGACCCAUYCCACCGCACACCCCCCACACCCCCCACGCCACCCGCCGAGCAACUGCCACUGCCGGCCCAAACUGGAGCAGCGGCGUUGGACRUGGGCGUGUCUUCUCCAGCGUCCACCUCAUCCACGGUAACGGCGGCCUCCCAGCAGGAGGCUUCGCCGCUGGUGCUGGGUGGGGAUGCAGAAUCUCUCCUGGGGGGAGACCUGUUCUCCAGCCUGGGGGACAUCGGGCCCUUUGACCUGUCGCCUCUCUCGUCCUCGGACCUCCUGAACGGAGAAUGCCUUCCUCUCCCGUUGGACAGUUUUAUCAACCUCUCCCCUCCCUAUAGACACGACUACCACUUUGGACUGGAGGACCAUGAAGGAAUCAGCGAACUGUUCGACUGUGACUUUGAGGACUUGUCGCACGUUUUGGGCGAUGGGUAGACGGAGAAAAGACGACUUAAAUGUAGGACUUUAUCUUUCU